GUAUUGUACGUCACUUCCGUCUCUUCUUAGCAAUGGCGUCCUCCACAGCCAGUGACGGCGUGAGUGAGGAGCAAACGGGGAAAAAAUCGAAAAAGAUUAAAAGCCAAGUGGAUGAAUCCGAACUCCUGACAGUUCCCGAUGGAUGGAAGGAGCCACCGUUCACCAAAGAGGAUAACCCCCGCGGUUUGCUGGAGGAGAGUAGCUUUGCCACCCUCUUCCCCAAGUACAGGGAGGCCUACUUGAAAGAGUGCUGGCCUCUGGUGGAGAAGGCUUUAGGAGAGGUGCACAUUAAACCUUCUUUGGACCUAAUAGAAGGCAGCAUGACAGUCUGCACCACUAAGAAGACCUUUGACCCUUAUGCCAUUGUGAGAGCCAGAGAUCUUAUUAAGCUGCUGGCGAGGAGUGUGCCAUUUGAACAGGCUGUAAGAAUAUUACAGGAUGACAUUGCCUGUGACAUCAUCAAAAUUGGCACUAUGGUGAGGAGUAAAGAGCGGUUUGUGAAGCGAAGGCAGCGGCUCAUUGGCCCCAAAGGCUCCACCCUAAAGGCACUGGAAUUACUGACCAACUGCUAUGUGAUGGUGCAGGGGAACACGGUGUCUGCACUGGGACCCUACAGCGGAUUAAAGGAGGUUCGUAAAGUGGUGUUGGACACCAUGAAGAACAUUCAUCCCAUUUACAACAUCAAGACUCUGAUGAUCAAACGGGAGCUGUCCAAAGACCCCGAACUGCGGAUGCAAAACUGGGAGCGCUUUCUGCCCAAGUUCCGACACAAGAAUCUUGCCAAGCGCAAGGAACCCAAGAAGAAGAGCGUGAAGAAGGAGUACACCCCGUUCCCUCCUCCACAGCCAGAGAGCAAGGUUGACCAGGAGCUGGCCACAGGAGAAUUCUUCCUGCGGGAGAGUGUGAAGAAAAGGAAGAAGAUGGAAGAAAUCAAGGUGAAACAGGCCACCGCACUGACCAAGAAGCAAGAAGAGCGGAACAAAGCCUUCAUUCCUCCUAAAGAGAAGCCUCUGAUGAAGAAGACUGCUAAAGCUCCUACAGAAGGCAAGCUGGACAUCGAAGCUAUAAAGGACAAAGUAAAAAAAGCCAAAACAAAGAAACUGGGUGCUCCACCAUUAAACCCUGCACCUCCCACCAGCAGCACCACUGAAAAGAAGAAGAGCAACAAAGCGAAAAGCAAAGUCUAACUGUGCACCGUUCCCUGUGCUGUGGUACUUGUUGGACAGAGAAAAGACUCUGAGCUCACAGCAAGAAGAAUUUCAGUGAAUCAAGAUGAUGCUUCAUCACGUCUGUCUUGACUUUCCUUUUUACAGUGUUACACAGUGACGGGAAUGUUUUGGGUUUUUUCCUUCUGUUUGACUCGCUUGCUGUUAAUUAUUUCCAGAAAAAAGAAGAGGAAAAAAAUUGUUGUAAAAUUAAAGGAGUUGUUUUUUCUUUUUUAAAUAAACUAGAAACUCUUGUUU